GGUCCACAGCGAACGGCGCCAGUCGGCUGUAGUGCGAGGCAGGAAGCGCGCGGAACCGAGAUGCGCAUCCUUGAGCCCCUGGUGCUGGCGUGCGCCCUCGCCAGCGCCCACGCUGCUAGCCUGCUGGCCAUCUUCCCUGUGCCCGGGCGCAGCCACUGGAUGCUGGAGCGGCGCUACCUGGAACAGCUGGCAGCCAGGGGGCACCGGGUCACCGUCAUCACGCCUUACAAGAGCGACAGCGCGCCGAGCAACUGGCGGGAGGUCACUGUCCCAGAAGUGAAGCACCUCCUGGGAGGUUCUGUCAACUUGUUCGAAUUUUCCUUGAGGAGUCCCGUGAUUGGACUGUUUUUUCUAUUCCAAUAUGGAAUAAACGCCUGUGACAUUCUGCUCAAAGAAGAAAGUGUACAGCAGCUUUACAAGUCCGAAGAGAAAUUUGACGCAGUCAUCGUCGAGAGCUUCUUCCAAGACUGCUUCCUGGCGUUUGCGCACAAGUUCAAAGGGCACCUGAUCCACGUGGCCCCGUACGAGGGGACCCACUGGAUCGGUGACACGGUGGGAAACCCUAACCCAUUUGCCUACGUCCCCGAUCCGUUCCUCAGGUACACCGACCACAUGGACUUUUGUGAGAGGUUCUACAAUUCUUUGUUCGGGACUUACCAGAGGAUAAUACGGCAGAUUUACUUCCUACCACGGCUGGACGCCAUAGUUCAGAAACACUUCAAUGACGCGACGAUUCCGAGCGUGGCCACCAUCGAGAGGGAAGCGGCACUUCUCUUGGUCCACGCGCACGUCACCGUAGGCCAUCCGAGGCCCGCUGUGCCAAACCGGAUAGCCGUCGCUGGAAUGCACAUAUUCCCGCCGAAAAAACUUCCACAGGAUUUGCAGAAAUAUUUAGAUGAAGCAAAAGAAGGAGUAAUAUACUUCAGCUUAGGUUCCAAUCUCAACAGCACUGAUAUGCCAAGUGAGAAAAGAGCAGCCUUUAUAACAGUGUUUUCAAGACUGAAGCAACGUGUGCUUUGGAAGUGGGAAGCUGACAGUCUUCCUAACCAGCCACCAAAUGUGAUGGUUAAAAAGUGGUUACCACAAUCAGACAUUCUUGCUCACAGAAAUAUAAAAUUGUUCAUUACACAUGGUGGACUCCUCAGUACCCUAGAAGCAGUCGAUCGCGGUGUUCCUUUACUUGCAAUUCCAGUUUAUGGUGACCAGAUGCUUAAUGCAAUUCGUGCAGAAAAAGCUGGAUAUGCUAAGAAAAUUGAAUUUCCAUCUCUGUCCACAGAAUCAUUAUGGGCUGCUGUUUCAGAAAUGCUAACAAAUUCAAGUUACAGAGACAGGGCACAGAAGCUGUCACGCCUCUUUCACGACCGGCCGAGGCCAGCUCUGGAGGAAGCCAUCUACUGGACCGAGUACAUCAUCAGGCACAAUGGUGCACGCCACUUGAGAUCUGCAGCCAUGGACCUCACCUGGUAUCAGUAUUUACUUUUAGAUGUCAUAGCCAUGCUACUGGCUGUGGGAUUUGUAGCCCUUCUUACAGCUGUCUUCAUUAUUAGGGCAGUUGUAAGGCUAUUUGCUGGAAGAAAGAGUAAUGGUGGACAGAAGAAGAAACGGGCUAAGAAAGAUUGAAACACCACACAGCUGCUUUAACAGGCAGCAUGUUGGAAUCUGUCAUCACAUUACUGUACAACUGUAUUUAAUUUGCAUACACACAGCCAUAUAUCCUGAAAUAUCAUGUGGACAUUAUUACUGAUGAAAACAUAAAUGUGAUAUUUGCAAAGUGA